UCUUAUAUCAUACGGCGUCGUAUCCGCAAUCCUUUAUAUCUUAUAUCAAAUCCAAAAGGGGAAGGGAAGGAUUGGAAGAAGAAGAAGAAGAUGAGACCGGUGUGUCCGUUCGUGAAAGCCGCUCGACCGGCGGAGCCAAUCAAGAAAGAGAAAGAGCCGUCGUCGGCGGCGGCGGCGACAGUCUCCCCAAAAUGCCCCUUGGGUUACGAUUCGCAGACCUUCAAGCUGGGCCCUCUGAGCUGCAUGAUAUGCCAAGCCCUUCUCUUCGACUCUGCUCAAUGCGUCCCUUGUUCUCAUUCCUUCUGCAAAGUCUGUGUGUCGAGAUUUAAGGACUGCCCGCUGUGUGGAGCUGACAUUGAGAAGACGGAACCCAGUUCCGAGCUCCAGGGUUUGGUGGAUCGCUUCAUCGAGGGGCAUGCCAGAAUCAAGAGGUCUCAUAAUGCAGAGGAGGACACUAAUACUAAUACUAAUACUAAUAGUGAGAGCCAUAAUAAGAGAGUGAUUUAUGAAGACGUGUCUUUGGAGAGAGGUGCUUUCUUGGUGCAACAAGCUAUGAGGGCAUUCCGAGCCCAGAAUAUAGAAAGUGCCAAAUCAAGGCUCAGUCUCUGUGCAGAAGAUAUCAGGGGUCAGUUGGAAACCAUGGGUAACACUUCAGAGUUGUGUUCUCAGCUAGGAGCCGUUCUCGGAAUGCUUGGCGACUGCUGUCGAGCAACAGGAGAUGCUAGUUCUGCAGUCAAUUAUUUUGAAGAGAGCGUUGAAUUUCUUUCAAAACUGCCAGGAAAUGAUCAGGAGAUAACACAUACACUCUCUAUCUCACUUAAUAAAAUUGGAGAUCUUAAAUACUAUGAUGGAGACCUGCAAGCUGCAAGAUCUUACUACUUCAAGUCACUGAAUGUUCGACGCGAUGCUGUCAAGCAUGAUCCAAAUCCUAAAUCCCAGAUUCUGGAUCUAGCUGUUUCAUUUGCAAAAGUCGCUGAUGUUGACAGAAGUCUAGGGAAUGAGGAUGUGGCAAUUAAUGAAUUUCAAGAAGGAAUAAAAUUGUUGGAAUCUUUGACAUUAAAUUCUGAAGACACUGGUCUUGAGCAACGGCGGCUUUCGGUGUUGGAGUUCCUUAAGAAUCAAAUUGUGGAGAAAUAAACCAAAUACAAUAUCUGACUUCAGCUCUCCAACAGAAAGAGAGAACCAGAGGGAGAUAUUGAAUAAAUUAGCUUUGCUUCAGUAAUAAGCUCAGUUAGUACUCGGAUAGCAUGGUCAAUCUGAGGCGCAUCUAGUGUUUUGAGGGAUGGAGAAUGAGGUACUGGGUGCUAUUUGCUCCCAUAUUUCUUCACCGACUGAUGCCUCCUAGUCGUCACUCAUCACCACUCAGUUGUAUAUAAAAGUGUCGUCCCAAUAUUAUUAUUAGCAAGGGCAUUUCCUUUUUUCUGUUCUUUUCCUCCUCACAAUAAUCCACUUCCCAUCUUUGGCUGCAUUUAUUGAACUUUCUUUUGUGGUAGUAGGUACGAAAUUUCUCUUCAGACCGUUUAGACCAUAAUAGUUCCACUUAUUUGUAUAAUCCGAUUUUAUUUCCCUUUUUCUCCUGAUGCGGAUGGUGAACUUAAUGUUGUGAUGGAGCAAUGUUGUAAAAUUGUAUAGAUCAAGUACAUAAUUUUUAAAUUUUAUGUAUUUAUCUAUUUUUGUUUCCUGAA